UCAGUUCUAGCUCGUGCUGGUCUGGGAGCUCAGACCCCUUCGCCCCCCACACAGGGGAUCCCAGAGGACUAUAGAAUAGUCGACUACCCAAUAAGAAUUCAUGAGGUUACUUGACUAUUCAAUUAACCAAUAUUUAACAUCCCUAAUCCACUGGCUGGCUGUGCAUAUGGCUCUCUGUGCUGACGGGAGGCGGGAUAGGGACAGGAACUGAGAGAUUUUGCUGGGGGGAGGGAUGGGGCAGCCUGCUGAAGCUUCUCCCCCCUGUUCCUGCAGCAUAGAGAGCCAAAAAAGCAACCAACUGCUUUGAUUGGUACUGCUCCGUACUGCUAGAGUGGAUGCAGGCCGGAUCAAAAGGCUUGGCAGGCUGCAUAUGGCCUGUGGGUCGUAUCUUGCUCACCCCGGUCUAGUCCUACAGUUCCCAUGUUAAAGAGCAGAGCAAAAUAAAUCCAUGCGAUUGUUCUUUAUUGAACUAAUCUCAUCCUCUCCCCCACCAAAUCAAUUUGGAAUAAUCAACUUUGUGGUUUGAUAGCUGGGAGUCAAAAUCUUUAUUGAAAAGGUAUCUUUCCCCCCAUUCUACACCAUUCUUCCUUCUUUUAAAAAGUCCUAGUUUCACAUGCAAUCUUGUGUCCAUGUGUAGAACAGCGGUGUUGAUGUUCAGUUUUAUUGCCUAGGAAGCACAGCGGGUUGGGAAGGACAUGGGACAGUCAGGUUGUGCUUUUCUGUCCUUUGCCACUAUUUGCAGCUAUUCGCACUUCAGCGGGUGGAGAUUGACUGAUGGAAUGAGUCAAAUGGUCAAAUGUGGUUUUUGUGGAACUUCUGUACAAAUUCCAAAUGAAAACUGUCUGAUAGAUGAGCUGCUGUGCCUAGGUUCUUGUUGGGUCAUUUGAUACUAUCGCUUUCAUAGCUAAGUGUCACUUCCAGAUGAGAGCUAACUGGCUCCUAGUCUAGCAGGCGCACAUCCCUGUAAUGAAGGAUUCAGGAAGGGGACAGUCUUGCCUGCAGUAACCAUACAGUAUUCUCACCUACAGGCUUUAGCUAGAAAUGGUUAAUGGUGCAGAAGCCCUUGCUGCUGAGUCAUGUAGAAUUCUGGCAUUCAUUAACCAUCUAGACUACAGACAGGAGCAGGGCUAAGGGGAGUGGGCUGGAAAGUGGCUUCUGGUUGGUUUGAGGCUGAAGUAGAGGGUGGGCCCAACAGAACCACACUGUCUAAUGCAACUUGUGAAUGCUGUCUUGGAGUGCUUGUGUGGGAGUGUGUAUUCAGUAUACCACAACUUGCCCUGAGCUCAAAAUGUCUUUCAUCCAGAUAGAAGAAAGCUCAGAUUUCCCUCUUCAAAACCUUCCCUAUGGGAUUUUUUCUACCAAGGAAAAGCCCCGUCACAGAAUUGGGGUAGCAAUUGGAGACCAGGUGUUGGAUCUCAGUGCUAUUAAACAUCUGUUCACGGGACCAGUCCUUUCCAAACACCAGGAUGUCUUCGAUCAGCCCGUCCUUAAUGAUUUCAUGGGAUUGGGCCAUGAAGCUUGGAAGGAAGCUAGAAUGGUUCUCCAAAAGCUACUGUCAGCCAAUGAGCCAACGCUGAGAGACAGCUCUGAGCUACGGAAAAGAGCAUUUGUACCUCAGGUCUCUGCUAUAAUGCAUCUUCCAGCUGAAAUUGGAGACUACACUGAUUUCUAUUCUUCAAGGGAACAUGCUACAAAUGUUGGGAUCAUGUUCAGAGGCAAGGAGAAUGCUUUGAUGCCUAACUGGUUACACUUACCCGUCGGUUAUCAUGGCCGUGCAUCCUCCGUUGUGGUGUCUGGGACGCCAAUUCGAAGACCGGUGGGGCAGAUGCGACCUGAUGAUGCUAAACCUCCAGUGUUCGGGGCUUGCCAACUUUUGGACAUUGAAUUAGAAAUGGCUUUCUUUGUGGGCCCCGGGAACAAGUUUGGGGAGCCUAUCCCAGUCAACAGAGCUCAUGAGCACAUUUUUGGAAUGGUCCUUAUGAAUGACUGGAGUGCUCGUGACAUUCAGAAGUGGGAAUAUGUUCCUCUCGGUCCAUUUCUGGGCAAGAGUUUUGGCACAACCAUCUCUCCGUGGGUUGUUACUAUGGAAGCUCUCAUGCCUUUUGUGUUGCCAAACCCCGUCCAGGUUCCCAAACCACUGCCAUACCUCUGUGAUGAAGAGCCUGUGACAUUUUCCCAUUGAUUGCUUCUUUUGCUCCCUUUAGGAGAAAGAAUGAGCAACCCAGCCACAAUAUGCAAGUCAAACUUUAAGUAUAUGUACUGGACCAUGAAACAGCAGGUGGCUCACCACUCUGUUAAUGGAUGCAACCUCAGACCUGGAGAUCUCCUGGCAUCUGGAACAAUCAGUGGACCUGAUCCGGAGAACUUUGGCUCCAUGCUGGAGAUGUCAUGGAAGGGCACAAAAGUAAUUGAUCUUGGGAAUGGACAUUUUCGUAAAUUUCUGCAGGACGGGGACGAAGUCAUUAUAACAGGUCACUGCCAGGGAAAUGGGUACCGAGUGGGAUUUGGCCAAUGUUCAGGAAAAGUGCUCCCCGCCAUCUCUGUUCCAUGACUGUCUGCACAAGGGGACUUUCAAGGAGGGGAAGAAGCUAAGCCACAUUUUCUGACACAAAGAAAUUAAACUUUGUGCAUUCAGUUUUCAAAUACAUAUAUUUUAUAUAAAUGUGUGGUGCCUACCAAGUAUUUUAACUGUUAUCAAUAAAUAUCUUAAUGACACUGAAGUCAACUACGUCCG